UGUAACAGGUUGCACCCCUCUCUUUACUCCCUUUCUUAUAUCAAGAGGGGAAAAACACGGAACUACCUCUACCCGAUCUGGUCCCCAUACGCCUAUUACCUUUACUGCUACAAAUACCGGAUCAGCCUCCGGGAGAAGAUGCUGCCUUUUUAUAAAAGCAUCACUUAUAGGGAACAGGAGGACCUAACACUCCGGCCCCGUUGCUGCCUUCAGUGCUCCGAGUCCCCAGUAGGCCUCCAGGGGGGCAGAAGCACCGAGCAGGGUAACUACGACCAGCUUAAAGAACUGUACUCGGCUGGGAACCUGACGGUGCUAUCUACUGACCCCCUGCUCCACCAGAACCCAGUGCAGUUAGACUUCCACUUUCGCCUCACCCCCCAGACUUCUGCCCAUUGGCAUGGCCUUCUCUGUGACCAUCAACUUUUCCUGGAUAUCCCAUAUCGGGCCUUGGAUCAAGGCAACCGGGAAAGUUUGACCGCAACACUGGAGUACGUGGAGGAGAAGACCAAUGUCGACUCUGUGUUUGUGAAUUUCCAAACUGAUCGGAAUGAUAAAGGUGCCCUGCUACGGGCCUUCAGCUACAUGGGCUUUGAAGUGGUCAAACCAGAUCACCCUGCCCUCCCUCCCUGGGAAAAUGUCAUCUUUAUGGUGUAUCCCCUUGAAAGGGACCUUGGCCCCUCACCCAGUGAACCUCCCUGA